AUGUCCGAGCCAGAAUUUCAACAAGCUUAUGAUGAAGUUGUCUCUUCGCUAGAAGACUCUACUCUUUUCGAGCAACAUCCAAAGUACAGAAAGGUCUUGCCAAUUGUCUCUGUUCCAGAAAGAAUUAUACAAUUCAGAGUCACUUGGGAAAAUGACAAGGGCGAACAAGAAGUUGCUCAAGGUUACAGAGUGCAAUACAACUCCGCUAAGGGUCCAUACAAGGGUGGUUUGCGUUUCCAUCCAUCUGUUAACUUGUCUAUUUUGAAGUUCUUGGGUUUCGAACAAAUUUUCAAGAACUCUUUGACCGGCCUAGACAUGGGUGGUGGUAAAGGUGGUUUGUGUGUUGACUUGAAAGGAAGAUCCAACAACGAAAUCAGAAGAAUCUGUUACGCCUUUAUGAGAGAACUAAGCAGACACAUUGGUCAAGACACCGAUGUGCCAGCCGGUGAUAUUGGUGUUGGUGGCCGUGAAAUCGGUUACUUGUUCGGUGCCUACAGAUCAUACAAGAACUCCUGGGAAGGUGUCUUGACCGGUAAAGGUUUGAACUGGGGUGGUUCUUUGAUCAGACCAGAAGCCACUGGUUACGGUUUGGUCUACUACACCCAAGCCAUGAUUGACUACGCCACCAACGGUAAGGAAUCCUUCGAAGGUAAGCGUGUCACCAUCUCUGGUAGCGGUAACGUUGCUCAAUUCGCCGCUUUGAAGGUUAUCGAACUAGGCGGUACCGUUGUUUCUCUAUCCGACUCCAAGGGUUGUAUCAUCUCUGAGACCGGUAUCACUUCCGAGCAAAUUGCUGAUAUCUCUAGUGCCAAGGUCAAUUUCAAGUCCUUGGAGCAAAUUGUAGGUGAGUAUUCCACCUUCACUGAAAACAAAGUCCAAUACAUUUCCGGUGCCCGUCCAUGGACCCACGUUCAAAAGGUCGACAUUGCCUUGCCAUGUGCCACUCAAAACGAAGUCAGCGGUGACGAAGCCAAGGCCUUGGUCGCCCAAGGCGUCAAGUUUGUUGCCGAAGGUUCUAACAUGGGUUCCACCCCAGAAGCCAUUGCCGUUUUUGAAACUGCUCGUGCCACAGCCUCCACACUAAAGGAAUCUGUCUGGUACGGUCCACCAAAGGCUGCUAACUUGGGUGGUGUUGCUGUUUCUGGUUUGGAAAUGGCCCAAAACUCCCAAAGAAUCACAUGGAGCAGCGAAAGAGUCGACCAAGAAUUGAAGAAAAUCAUGGUCAACUGUUUCAACGAAUGUAUUGAUUCCGCCAAGAAGUACACUAAGGAAGGUAACGCUUUGCCAUCCUUAGUCAAGGGUGCUAACAUUGCAAGUUUCAUUAAGGUCUCUGAUGCUAUGUUCGACCAAGGUGAUGUAUUUUAA